AUGUGUCGUCUCCUGAACGUCCUGCUGGCUUUGCUGAGUCGCUUCCUGUUUGCGGUCCACGGUGUGGUGACAGUGUGGCGCGUGGUGGCCGUUAAAGAGGAGCCACUCUAUUGGCUGCUGCUGACUGGCGUGGCUCUGCUGGGCGUGGAAAUGGCGGUCACUUUGAAGUGCACCCGGAACGCAGAGUGGAAAUGGUUCUCCCCCAUGGUUUUCCUCUACCUCAGUACUGUCAUCCCGUCCAUUUGGUUCCUGGAGCUGAGCCUGCUGCAGUCCAAGCUGCCUGUCAACAAUUCCUCGGGCCCUGAGCUUCGUUUGCUGGCUGGCAUCCCGAUCACAGCGGGCAUCGUGGAGCUGGACCCAGAGAACUGGGUGGCUGGUCUGGAGCAGACCAUGCUCAUAGUGUUGGUUCUGGGUCGCUGGCUGAUGCCCAAGGGGGACAUGUCCCGCGACCAGCUCUCCCAGCUCCUCAUGGUCUACGUGGGACUGGGUGCCGACAUCCUGGACAUCUUCGACACCUUCAAGGAACCCGAGGUCAAAACCAACCGAGCGGUCGUCAUCAUGGGCCUGGGCCUCUUCUCUUGGGCGCUCAUGCAGUUCCCUCUGGUGCUGACCCAGACACAACUCCCAAAAGGUGAGCCUCCACAGAGGAGCAUGGGUGCCAUCUCCCGCUGCCCCGGUGCUCCGUCAUCGUUCGCCUCCUGCUGCUCCAGUGAAGUGUGGAGCUUGUUGCUCACAGUGGGACUCCAAGACGGCCCGUUCCUGCUUUACCGGCUCUACCUCAUGAUCCAAGAGCAGGUGCUCAACCAGCUGAUGAUCUUCUUCACCUGCAAGAACAUCCUCAUCGUCCUCUUGGAGCUUUACAGGAUCUUUGUGGUGCAGUGCGAGCAGCGGGUAUCGGGGCUGGAGAGGUGUUCUGCUUUGGUGCUCCGGUGUCGAACCAAAAGGACAAUACGGCUCCUGUCAAACGAGGGCAGGGAUGAAGCCCCUCCUGCAUUUAUGGAUGACCCUCUCUGCGUCUCUUGCACCGUGUUGAGCAGGCUGGGAAUGAAGAAGAGCGACGGCAGCGAGUGGCAAUUCAAUCAGAGGCCUUUCACAGGCUGCCCUGUAUCUGUGUCCAUCAAAUUGCUGCACUUCACCUGGCUUGCAAGAUGA